UUUGCCAGCUGCUUGGAGAGUAGAGUAAGAAUUCAACAAGAAGUGGAAAACAGCAGAGAAACAUGGCAGAGAAAGUGAGUGGUGAAAUGUCGGAAGACAGUUCGGACUCCGCUGCUGCGGUGUCGCAAGACCUUCGGAGUGUUCUGGUCACCAGUGUUCUGAACCUAGAGAAGCUGGAUAAAGAUCUGUACAGAGGGACUCACCACUGGGUACCCCGUACCCGUCGUCUGUUUGGGGGUCAGAUUAUUGGCCAGGCCCUGGUGGCUGCAGCAGAGUCCGUUGGGGAAAACGUCUUGGCUCACUCUCUCCACUGCUACUUUGUACGGGCAGGAGACCCCAAGGUGCCAGUGCUGUACCAGGUGGAGAGGACCAGGGACGGUCGUAGUUUUAGCGUGCGGUCAGUGAAGGCCAUCCAAUACGGUCAGCCCAUCCUCAUCUGCCAGGCCUCCUUCCACAGUAACCAGCCCUCUCCUCUGCAGCACCAGUUCACCAUGCCCUCGGUUCCCCCUCCUGAAGACCUGCUGACGGGGGAGGAACUCAUACAGCUCUACCUCAGUAAGCCAGACUUGGCUGAGAAAGCCAAACAGGGCCUGAACAAGCUGCUAGCUGACGAGGUUCCCAUAGAGAUUAAACCUGUCAAUCCUCCAGACUUCUACCGCUGCGUUGCCAUGGAACCCAAGAAGCUGUACUGGGUGCGCGCUAGAGGCCACAUCGGUAAAGGUGAUAUGAAGCUCCACUGCUGUGUGGCAGCCUAUGUGUCAGACUAUUCGUUCCUGGACACUGCUCUCCUGCCCUACCCCGGGCAACGCGCCACUUUCUUAGCCUCUCUGGAUCACGCCAUGUGGUUCCACAACACCUUCAGGGCAGACGAAUGGAUGCUCUACGAGACUGAGAGCUCUUGGACUGGGGGCAGCAGAGGGCUGGUUCAGGGUCGUCUGUGGAGGAGAGACGGGGUGCUGGCUGCCAGCUGUGCCCAGGAGGGGGUACUCAGGGUCAAGGCCUUGACGACCAGCGCCGUGACGAACGAGAGCAAGCUAUAACCAUGACAACCUUUUAAAUGGCUGAUGAAGCCAUGUAGAGUCAGGAGACUGGCUGCGUUUACACAGGCAGCCCAAAUAUGAUCUCUUUUCCGCCAAUUGGUUUUUUGACCAAUCAUAUCAGAUCUCUUCACAUAUAUUUGUCAGAGCUAAUAUAAUUGGUCAAAAGACCAAUUACUGAAAAAAAGUCUAAAUAGAGACACCCUGCUGACAAACGGCUGGUGGCCACGGUGUGUUAGUGAUCACCUGCUGGGUGUUGAUGAACGGCUGGUGGCCACGGUGUGUUAGUGAUCACCUGCUGGGUGUUGAUGAACGGCUGGUGGCCACGGUGUGUUAGUGAUCACCUGCUGCGUGUUGAUGAACGGUUCAACCUCAUCCCCAGCCUUCAACUUCAGCCUACAUCCCCAGCCUUCAUCCCCUGCCUACAUCUCUAGCCUCCAUCCCCAGCCUCCAUCCCCAGCCUUCAACUUCAGCCUACAUCCCCAGCCUUCAUCCCCAGCCUCCAUCUUCAGCCUCCAUCCCCAGCCUUCAACUUCAGCCUCCAUCCCCAGCCUUCAACUUCAGCCUACAUCCCCAGCCUUCAACUUCAGCCUACAUCCCCAGCCUACAUCCCCAGCCUCCAUCUUCAGCCUCCAUCCCCAGACUCCAUCCCCAGCCUUCAUCCCCAGCCUCCAUCCCCAGCCUCCAUCCCCAGCCUCCAUCCCCAGCCUCCAUCCCCAGCCUACAUCCCCAGCCUACAUCCCCAGCCUACAUCCCCAGCCUACAUCCCCAGACUCCAUCUUCAGCCUACAUCCCCAGCCUCCAUCCCCAGCCUUCAUCCCCAGCCUCCAUCCCCAGCCUCCAUCCCCAGCCUUCAUCCCCAGCCUCCAUCCCCAGCCUCCAUCUUCAGCCUACAUCCCCAGCCUUCAUCCCCAGCCUCCAUCCCCAGCCUCCAUCCCCAGCCUACAUCCCCAUCCUUCAACUUCAGCCUACAUCCCCAGCCUUCACCCCCUUCUGCAUCUACAAUCUACUGAACCAUGUGGUGAUGAUUAUAAUGAGUUGAUUCUGACUGAAUAGAUUUUCUGACCAAUAUAAAGAUUUCCAUAUAUAUUAACUAUUUUAUAUUUAAUUAUUUUACCUUUUUAAAUUAUUUGAUAAUUGUUGUUUCUAUUUGUUGUGUCCAUUGUGGUUCCAUAAGCUUCCCUUAUUAACUGUUCAUAUUUCAAUAAUGUCCAUCUUUUCAGGAAUGUACAGGAAAUGUACAGUCAGGUCCAGUAAUUAUUGACAUCCUUGAUAAAGACGAGCAACAAAGACUGUAUAAAAUAAAUCAUUGAAAUAUUGAGCUAUA